UUUGAACCAUGGCAUCCAAAGUGGUAGUCGUGCUCGUAAUGUUAUACCUGUCAGGUUUUACCUGUGGGAUCCGACUUGAUGAAAAUGGGUACACAGACAUUCUGAUCGCUAUCAACCCUGCUGUGACUGAAGACCCUUUGCUCCUUGAACGAAUUAAGGAAACAGUGUCUGAUGCCUCCUCGUAUUUAUUUCAAGUGAUGAACAACAAAUUGUACUUCAAGGAUGUGACGAUAUUAGUACCCCCAAAGUGGACAGGAAAAUAUUCCAGAGCAAAUACUGAAACAUAUGAAAAGGCCAACAUUAUAAUAGAUGAGCCAAACAAAUUCAAUGGGAAUGAUCCUUACACUAUUCACUAUGGAGAAUGUGGAACUGAGGGUCGCUAUAUCAGUCUGACUCCUGAUUUCCUGAAACUUGAUCAACUCAUUAAAUUCUAUGGACCCAGAGGUAGGGUCCUUGUACAUGAAUGGGCACAUCUAAGAUGGGGUGUUUAUGAUGAAUAUGAUGAGAGAAAACCCUUCUAUACAGCCGAUGGAAAACUGGAGGCUACAAGUGGAGCCAUGUGCACACCAACCAAUAUCAACGGGAAGCCGUCCAACUGUUACUUCUUCCCACUUAAAUCUCAAACGGCCAAAACAUCCAUUAUGUAUCUUCAGAGUAUUGACUCAGUGGAAAGCCCCUCUGGACAGAUAUAUAAUACCUUUAAACCUGAUCCUCAAGGAAAAUCUCUCACCCUGAAUAUUCCAGGAACAGCAGAGCAAGGAACAUGGACGUACACCAUUACCAGCAACGGACAACCACAGACUAUGUCAAUAACAGUGACCAGUCGUGCCGUCAGUGCGGACGUGCCGCCUGUUACAGUGAAGACUCACAUGAACCAACAGUCCAGUAACGGUGCCAAAGCCAUGGUGGUUUUUGCUGCGGUCAGCCAGAAUGGACUUCCUGUCAUACUGGCAAACGUGAGAGCUACUCUGGAGUCUGAUACUGGAGACAAAAAAGAGAUGGAUUUACUAGAUAAUGGAGCAGGUGCCGAUGCUUUCAGAAAUGAUGGCAUCUAUUCCAGAUAUUUUACACGAAUGAAAGGUGGGAAAUACAACUUGAAAGUGAGAGCAGAAAACGGAUAUGGAAAAGCUAGAUUCUCCCUCAAGAAACACAGUGGUGCCAUGUACAUACCUGGAUAUGUGGUUGAUGGAAAGCUAGAGCUCAAUCCACCAAAGCCCUCUGUUGGUGAGGAGGACCUUGAGGCAGAUGUUGGCAUCUUCAGCAGGACAGCCGUAGGUGAGAGCUUCACAGUGAAUCUGACACCAGGUGUUCCUGCGACAAAAUUCCCCCCCAACACCAUCACAGACCUGAACGCAGAGUUGGUGAAGGACAGAGUGCUGCUCACCUGGACUGCACCUGGGGAAGACUUAGACCAGGGCACAGCGAGUGAAUACGAGAUCCGCUACAGUGAGGAUCCUGAUGUGCUCAGAUCCCACUUCAGCAACGCUCAUCUGAUCAACUCAUCUAACCUGCUACCAAGUGAAUCUGGAUCCUCUGAACAGCUCUCCUUCACUCCCAACCAUGGAACGAUGGGAAACGGCACCACUCUGUUCUUCGCAGUUAAAGCAGUUGACAAAGAUAUGCUUUCCUCUGAAACCUCCAACCUUGCUCAAGUUUCUGCUAGGCUGAAAUUCCCCCCCAACAAAAUCACAGACCUAAAUGCAGAGUUGGUGAAGGACAAAGUGCUGCUCACCUGGACUGCACCUGGGGAAGACUUUGACCAGGGCACAGCGAGUGAAUACGAGAUCCGCUACAGUAAGGAUCCUGAUGUGCUCAGAUCCCACUUCAGCAACGCUCAUCUGAUCAACUCAUCUAACCUGCUACCAAGUGAAUCUGGAUCCUCUGAACAGCUCUCCUUCACUCCCACCCAUGGAACGAUGGGAAACGGCACCACUCUGUUCUUUGCAGUUAAAGCAGUUGACAAAGAUAUGCUUUCUUCUGAAACCUCCAACCUUGCUCAAAUAACCAAGGUCAUUGGUUACAUUGAAAGUCCUGGCACUGGUGUAAAAAUGAUAGCAAUUUACAUAUCCAUCGCCGUGGUAGCCAUAGCGGUCGGUUUGAUUGUAGGUGUGACAAUGACUUCACUUAAUCAAAAACGGACUCUGCAAAUUAAUCAGGGGUGCAAACUCGUCACCUUUCGGCGAAAUUCGGUGUGUUUGAUCCAAUAUAGGUCGUUUGUGUGAUUCGUGUAGAUCUGCAAUAUAUAUUUCAGUCCUCCAAGUAUUCUAAUCUGCGAACGCAAGCUAUCAUUAACAUUUUUUUCAAGCUUGUUGCUUGGCUAACCAAUGUCAACAUGACACGCACGCUUUUUAUUCCGAGUCUUCGGGUCUGUCACUACCAGAGCC